AUUGUGGCAACUUAGGCGCGCGUGGUGAGAAGGCAACAGCAUGGACCAGUUUUCGGUCUCUUCGAUGAGCGACGAUUCAGGCCUUGCGGGGUUGAAAGUGAUGGAGCAGCUGCAGACGCUGAGCGUUGCCUCUGAGGAAAGCCUCGGCUCGGCCGCGACCUGUGCAGCGGGACCUGUCUGGAAGGAAGGUGAGGGAGCAGCCCUUGACCGUCGCUCCGCGGAAGACCCCCCGUCCUUGCCGGGUCUGCCUGAGGAGGCGCAGCCCGCGGAGGCCGUCCCCAGUGGAGGCGACGUUGAGGAACGGGCUUCGCACCCCCCGGGACCUUGUCUUGGCCUGGUGGAGCCCUCCGGCUUCGUCCCCGUAGAGUCCAGCUCCAGGGACGCGGCGUCCGAAGGAGAGCCGCCUCCGCUCGGAGAUACCUCUGUCGAGGGCUGGACGGAGCCGAAUUUUAACCCCGGAGCGAGAGGGGAGCCGGACCCUGAAGCUGCUGAGAGUCUGCGCCACUGCCAGGAGGUCCCUCGUGAGGGCGAGGACCAGCCCUGCUCGGGUGGGGAAGUGGAGGAGAAGCCGCCCCCUGGUUCCGACAGUGCUUCCUCCGCUGCCCUACUGAAGUUGAACGGUGGCCCUGAAGGAGGAGGGAUCGCUUGCUCCUCAGGUCCAGAGGUGCUAGAGGGUGAGAAGGAGUCGGCAAUGGAAGGCAGCAGCGCCUCCUCGGAAUCAGAGACGGAAAGUGAUACGGAUACAGACAGUUCUACCUCCUCUUCUUCUUCCGGUCUUCCAAUGUUGUCUGAAGAUGAUCAGCAAUAUAAGAAUGGAAAUAACUCUUGCUCUCCUAGAAAAAAAGAUGGAAUGUCUGAACAGAAUCCAUUUCCUGUUGAAGAUUUGAUAAUACUUCUACCUGAAUCUGUUGAACUGAUGUCCUUUGGGAAAGUUUCCAGCAUCAUUGAGCACCUAGUAAUAAUUGAAUCACAGAAAGGGCUUCCUCCAGUGAAUGAAGAUACUGUGCUUUUCAAAGAAGAUCGUCAGUCAGUAGGAAAGAUAUUUGAAGUCUUUGGUCCAGUGUCACAUCCCUUUUAUGUAGUACAGUUUAACAGUCCUGAGCAUAUUGAAUCUAAAGGUAUUAAAAUACACGAUGCAGUCUAUUUUGCUCCAUCGGUUGAAAGCUUCACGCAGUAUAUAUUUCCAGAAAAACUAAAACAAGAGAGAGGAUCUGAUGCAUCAUGGAAAAAUGAUGAAGAACCACCACCUGAGGCUUUAGAUUUUAGUGAUGAUGAAAAAGAGAGAGCAGCCAAACAGAAGAAAUCUCAGAAUUUAAGAAGAAAGAAGUUCAGAUCACAACAGGAUAAUUCUAAUGAGAAUGGAGUCAAUUAUCAACCCAGGCAACAAUAUCCUUUGGAUUAUUCAAGCCCAUAUAGGCAAGAACCUCAUCCCAGCUUUUCAAGGAGUAGAUUUCCUCAUCUUCCUGCUUCUCCACAUUUUUUUAGACAAGAACCGAAGACUCAUCAACGUUAUUCCUCUGAAUAUACAGAACUCAGAAGGCCGCCUGUUUUUUGUCAACAGAGUCAAGAGACUCUGAGGAGACAUCACUAUUCCUUUCCUCCUCCAUCUUUUGAAACUAUUAGCAAUGAGACACAUUUUCCACCUUCACCAGUAACAUGGGGUUGGCCUCAAGGGUGUACUCAGAAUGUUUAUGACCCGUUGUUGUCCCUGUUGUCUCUACCACCACCACCACCACCACCACCUUCGAUACCACCUCCAUCUGCUCCUCCUCCUCCUUAGUUAGGUGACAAUUUAAUCAUCUUUGAGAUCUGGAUAAGAUCACACUUUUACUGAAUUGUUGUAUAUCUUGCAUUUUUAUAGUAUGUUAGUGACAAGGGGAGAAUUCCAGUUGUCUAUAAAAAUAUAAAUUUAAAUGAGUUUUUUGUAUCAAAUCAAAGUCUGCAUCUCUUUUUUGAGAACUUUAAUAGACUGUUUAAAUUGAGUAAAUAAUAAUGGAUAAAUAUAAUGGAAAGCUUUUAACAUGGCUAUAUUUCUUAUAGUUUUGCAAUCAAAAUUGUUGAAAGCAUUAGGUGAACUAUAAAUUUUUACUAUAAAUCUCUACAUUAUUUUUGCAGUGGCAGAUCUAUACUAAUAUCUUUUGUUGUGUGAUCAAAGAAAGUAAUUUUCUUUUGAAGUACCUUUGUGAAUAAAGAUAUUCAGCAAGAUUAA